AUGACCAGAACAAAGCGGACAGCAGAGCUGGACAAGCAUUCCCAUCCAGCUGCUGCUGCUAAGCUCACAGAGAAGACUGAGUUAGCUCCAGCCCCAAUACCACAACCACGGUACCCGGCCUCCACCCCUGACCCAACUCUCUUCCCUCCCUUAGGCCCCGCUGACGGCAGCAAGGAGGGCACAGGGAUAAUGUCCCCCAAAAGUCAGGGGAGGGCAGGGACGGCGUCCCCCUACAAUCUAGCUCCGGCUCCCUUCGGCCUCAACCAGAACCACAUGGUGUGUCUGCCUCUGGUCUCCGAGCACCUGAAGCUCCUGUGGACGCACUCAGACCAGACCCAGGAACUGGACAGCGUGGCUUAUCUCACAGAGGCCUUCAACGUGUUCCCCUACCCGACCCUAGGGGAGAAGAUGGCGCUCGCCCAGAGCUGCUCUCUGCAUCUGGACCAGGUAUAGUCUCCUGUACAGUUCCCAGUCCUCUUGCCCUGAUACAUGGCUGUCCACUUCUAGUUGACUUCGACAUAGCAUGGGCAAACUACCAACGCAUGGUCCUUGCUUAGCUUCUUUACAUUUGCAGACCCUUCCUCUAGCAAUUGUGGGUCAACAGCCAUCUAUCAGGGUAACCAGUCCUCUAUAUAUUCCAUAUGUUGUAUUUGAUGCCUUGUAAUUAGUUUAAUUGACCAGCUUACAUUUUUUUAUUUAAAUGCCAUUUAGCAGACGCUUUUAUCCAAAGCGACUUACAGUCAUGUGUGCAUGCAUUUUUACGUAUGGGUGGUCCCGGGGAUCGAACCCACUACCCUGGCGUUACAAGCGCCAUGCUCUACCAAUUGAGCUACAGAGGACCACCUUUAACAACGCAAAGCACAUUUCUGUGAAAACAACCAAUCUUAUCUUGUCCUUAUCUUAGGUCAGAGUGUGGUUCAUGGUCCAGCGGCUCCGCUAUGGGAUCAGCUGGGAUGCAGAGGGGAUCUGUAUGGCACGGACCAAGAUGUGCGGACCAAACCAGACGAAGGAGAAGGACAACAAAGAGAAAGAGGAGGUGUCGUCAGAGGUUCCUCCCCUCAGUAAGGAGGAUGAUGGGAGUAACAGGAGCCAACAUUCACCCGUCUCCACCUCCACUCAGCUUAGCAGCCUGUCCUUCGAGUCCUCCUCACCCGUUCCUCGGAAACGCCGUAAACGCCACCCUGUUGUUGCACCCAGUAACUCCAAUCUGCAACACUCUUCUCCUCCAGGGCCCCAAAGCCCUCCACGCUUAGUGGCGCCCCCCACAACCACAGGGCAAACCCUAGAAGCCCCCGACAAAGCCCAUGAAAACAACGUCAAACCCCAGAGGCACUGUCAGGACUUCCACUCAGAGCUGCGGCGGAGCUUCCGCUAUAACACAAAUCCUUCGAAGGAGGUGCUCCAGCGUUUGCAGGCCCUUACCAGGCUCCACAUGAAGUACACCCGCAAGUGGUUCUGCAACCUACGCUUCUUGCUCAACCACCGCGUCAAGGCCGACCCAGAGUCUGAAGAGAAAGGCCAGUCACAGCCCAAUAACCUCCUGUCGUCACAGACCCAGCUUAUUCAGCAUCUGACCCAACCACCACCGCCAACUGACAGCAGGGUCAGACCACCACCAAAGAAGAAAAGGGUCUGUCAAGUAGAUGAUGUCGACUUCCUAAGCAGGAGCCGCAAUGGUAACCAUGGCCAUAGCAACCCCGCUAACACCACCCACCUGAUUAGGUCAAACUUGGAGGGGAAGGAGAAGGAGAAAGAACCAGCGGAAGUACAGAAGAAGAAGAAGAAGAAGAAGACAGGAGCAGAAGACAAAGAGACAACAUCCAGAGCUGGAGUUCAGAGAUGCAAAAAGAACGGCAAGAAUUCUCCAAAGGAGGAACGGAAAGUGGUGGGGAUCACCAAAUUCAUAACUGACGACGGAGAAGAACAAGCUAUCAAAAUGGGCCCGCGGCCAAAGAACAAGACCAUGGCCCAACUGGAGCUCCUGAGACACUUCUUCCUCACCUGCCAGUGGCCCACCAAGGGGGGCUACACGCGACUGCAGCAGCAGACAGGCCUCUCGCGGAAGGCCCUCACCCAGUGGUUCGGAGACUCCCGCUACCGCGUCAAGCAGGGCAUGGCAUGCUGGAUGAGUAAGGAGGAGCACCGAGAGGUCCUGGCGCAGAUUAGGGUGACUGAGGAUGGAGGCUGGUAG